AUGGUGGACCUAAACGAGUUUAUUUUUACUUCUCCUAUAUUGAAGGCCAAUAAAAAUACUUCUAUACAGGUCAAUCACGCAGCCGUGGCUAUGGGAGAUAACAUCUAUUCUUUUGGUGGGUAUACAGCGACGGAAGUUGGCCCCCAAAAUGAUUUUAUUGACAUUCAUGUACUCAACACUUUCACCUACCGUUGGGAGCUUCUUCCAACUUUUCCUGCUGAAAGCGGUAAAAAGCCUCGUAGUUCUACCAUUUCUGCCUCUCAUCCAGAAACUCCUCCCUCAACCAGCCAGUCUACUCAAAUUCAACGUCGUCGAACUCGCAGUCUUUCAACUUCCACCUCUUCACAUCCAUUAGCACAAAUUCGAAAUUCAAAUCCUCCAUUAUAUGAUUUGGAAGGAAUUGAACAUAAUUUGGAGGAAAACCAAGCAAAUACUAAUAAUGCAUCAAUUCUCGAAGAAGACAACGAAAUGGAUGUUACACAAGCUACUGACACUUUUACUGUUUACCAACAAAUACUCAGUGAUAUUGACCAUAAUUUGGAAAAUGACAACGACGAAAAUGCUACCUUUGACAUUUCUUCUGUUUAUUCCGAAAAUUCUCAAGAAGGUGAAGAAGAUGAGGACGAAGAUAUGGAUUUAAUUGAAGAAGAAGAGGAACGUAUUUUUCUCCAUAUUGAUGGAAUUGGUGAUUUGGAUUUGCCAAAUAAUGUGGAUAGGGACAGAUUGGAAAAAUUAAGACAGCACCCAGAAAUUCCUUUUAAGCUUUAUGGACACACUGUUGUCUCUUAUAAAGGAUUUUUCUAUUUGUGGGGUGGACGGAGCGAUGCUUAUGGUUUGUUUUAAUUUUAUAGAAUAAAUUAUCUAGGGCUUUUUCUUCUUCCUUCGUUUUUGUUAUGGAGCUUAACUUUUUGUUAGCUUCUUUUUUGAUAAAUUCGGUAUUUG